AUGGUAAGAGAGGCACAUGAAUUAUUAGAUGGCAGCAGACCUAUACCUAUUGAUAAAAUUACUUAUGAAUUGUCUCAAAAUAUUAUAUUAGCAUUUGAUAAUAAUGAAAAUAUUAAUAAUAAUAGUUCACAAAUAGAAAUAGAAGCAAGGGUUGGUAUUGUUAUUGAUAAAAAUAAAAACAGAUUAAAAUUACCAAUAAAUACGGAUGCAAUAAUUGAAAAUAAUUAUUCUGAUUUUAAAGCAGGUGUUGAUAAAGAAGAAUUUGAAUAUCUUUUAGAUUAUUUAAAUAAUAUAACCGAAAAAAAAAAAACUAAUUCUUAUAAUAAUAAUGAAAAUAAUUUUUCAAAUUCCAAGAAGCUUAUAGGUGAUUUAAUUGAAGGCAAUAAUAAUAGUGGGUCUAUGAAUACAUUUAACAAUAUAGAUGAUUCUAUUUAUGAAUUUGUAAGAUUAAAAACAGAUAAAAGUGUUGAUAAAUACUAUUUAAUAAAUAGCAAUAAUACUAGAAUUAGAGUAACUACCUCCUUAAAUGAUAAAGAAAAUGAAGAAAAUGAGAGUAUGGUGAAAUCGUUAUAUAAAGAAAACAUUAAUACAUGGAAUAUUUAUCUGGGUAAUCAUAAUGAUUAUUUUGAUGAUGACGAUGAAGAAGAGCAUAACAAAAAUGAUUCAGUUGAUUAUCGUAUUUCUAUAAAUAUAGAACAAACUAGACCUAUAAGUAAACUUUAUUUAUCUAAAACAACACCUGUAUAUGAAAGAAUCAAGGAAAGAACAACUUUUUUAAAUAAAUAUUUAGGUAUACAAUUAGAUUUAACAAAAAUUGAAACAAAAAAUAAUCAGUUAUACGAAAUAGAAAUUGAAAUACCAUCUAAAAGCAUUCUUAAAGCAAUGUCUAAUUUGAGAAAUAAAAAUGAUUCUAAUUAUUUGCAUUUCAUUUGUUCAAAUUUAGUAAAUAACGUUAGAGGAAUAUGCAGUCAUUUAAAUUAUUUAAAAAAAAGCAAAAAUAUUUUAAAACAUACAAAUGAUACACUACAAAAUUCUCCAUUAAAUUAUAAUCAUCCUUCAAAAGAAAAAAAAAGAUUCAAAAAAUAUAUUCAUGACGUACUUCCUAUUGUUGGUGACUAUAUGUACAGAGUUGUUGCAAAAAAUGAAAAAAAUAUAAAAAGAAAAAUGGAGGAUAAUAGUAUUUCAAAUCAAGAAAAAAUAAAUAUUUUUAAAAACUUAAUUGAUAUUAGAAGACAAAAUAAAAAAUCGUUAAAGAGAAUUAGUGAAAAUUAUGCAGAAAAUAGAUGGAAAAUUAUAAAUAAAGACUCAAAAAUUGAGAUAGUAUUGCAAGAUGACGAAGAAGAAAACGGUGAAAACGAAAGUAACAUUGACAUAGAAGAUAAUCAUAAUAAUGAAAAUUAUGAUUUUAAUAGUGAAAAUAAUUUCUUUAAUAAUGAAAAUAAGGAUAACAUUAAUAAUGAACACAAUGAUAACUCUGAUAAUGAAAAUAAUAACUUUUAUAGCAAAAAUUAUAAUGAAAAUUCUAAUCAAGAUAAUAAUAAUAGUCAUUAUAAGGAAUUCUACAAUGAUACAUAA